AACCAUUGAAAGGGGUAUAGAGGAUAGCUACAGAAACUUGUAUGCAUAAAGCAAACCCAGCAAAAAAGCUUGAGGAGUUUAGUUAAGUAAAAUUUUCACAUGUUUUUAUAGAUAUUCUACUCUAGUAUCACAGAGAGAGAUUUUGUGGGAAAUGUAAGGAGAGAGAGAGAGAGAGAGAGAGAGAGAGGGAGGGGGCACUCAACAACUCUUGUUUUUCUAGUAUCUUUCGAUUUUGGCCAACACUCUCUCUCUCUCUGUCUAAUUUUAUAUACGUGGGUGUGUGUGUAACUGUGCAUUCUCUGCCCUCACACCCCUUGUUGCCUUCACAGACACUCCUGUCUCUAUACGGCAUGUUGGAACCCGCAUAGCUUCUGCACCAAUUGACUUGAGCAUAUCCGCAGAACCAAAGGCGCCCUCUUUCUGUUUGUCUUGUUGCCCAGCUUAGAAUCCAUGGCCCCCUCCUCAUCUGCUCCCAUCACCUCUCUGUCUCUGUUGGGUUUUUAAUCUUUCUAUAUUUGCACAUCUGUGUAAAAGUUUCCAAUUACAGGCUCUGGGUUUUUGAGGUGGGUUUUGGGUUUUGUUCAUCUGGGUCAUGGGUGUCUCCUGUGAUCUUGAAGUGGAUGUCAAUGGGGAAGAGGUUUUCAUUGUGGACAAGGAAAUCAUUUCUUCUUAUUCAGGGAGGAUAAGCAAUUUAUUUCGUAAACCAACGGGUGGGGUGAAGAAUCUAAAGGUCGUAUUCCAUGACUUCCCAGGAGGGGCAGAGAGUUUUGAGCUCAUGGCUAGGUUCUGCUACAAUAAGGGCAAAGCUGAGAUAAGCCCCUUAAAUCUCUUUCCCUUAUACUGCAUUGCGAAUUUCAUGGAAAUGAACAACUCUGUCUCUGGAACCUUCAAUUUACUUGAGCAAACUGAGAAAUCUCUUGAAGAGAUCCGGUACUGGACAUGGUCUGAGCAUUUGGUGGCUCUGAAGCAGUGUCAAGAUUUACUUCCUGUUGCAAAUACUUCAGUUAUACUUCAAAGAAUCUUGGAUUGUAUGGUUGGGAAGCUUGCAUUGGUGAGCGAAACAAGUCCUUGUCCCUCUAUUUCUUCAUCCGAUAGCUCUGGGAUUAGAUUUUCAUGUGAUACUAGAAGCACUGAGAGCUUGAGAAGCAGCUCCUUUCACGCAACAUGGUGGUUUGAAGAUCUCGUGGUGUUAAAUCCUAAUUUGGUUCAAAUGGUAACGGAAACAAUGGUUUCCCGCAAAUUUGACCAUGUCAUCUUAAGUAGAUUUCUCUUCUAUUACCAGAAAUCAAGGUUUAUUCUCGCUACAUCAGAUGAGAAGCGUGAAAUCACUGGAACGGUAGUCAAUAUACUCUAUUCACUAGAUCCAAGCGCUAUAUCUUGCAAGAGUUUAUUUGGGAUUCUUCGAGUUUCUUUGUGUUUAAGCAUAGGCAAAUGCUGCAGGGACAAGUUAGAAAGCAUGAUUGGUUCGCAGAUGGAUCGAGCCACCCUAGACAAUUUGCUUGUUCCUUCUCCAGUCGGAACACAUUACCAAUACAAUGUGAAUUUGGUUCUAAGGCUUUUGAGGUCGUUUCUUAGCAAAGGAAUACUUGUACCGUUGGUUAAACUGAAGAAAGUAGCUAGCUUGAUGGACUUGUACAUAUCAGAAGUAGCACCAGAUCCAUGUCUAAAACCAUCGAAAUUUUCGGCUCUCAUUAGUGCCCUACCAGAUUCUGCUAGAGACACCUAUGACGGAAUCUACCAUGCCAUUGACAUGUAUCUAGAGGUCCAUGAUUGGUUAUCUGAAGAGGAAAAGCUAAAUCUCUGCUGUGGACUGAAUUAUGAGAAGCUUUCACUACAAGCUUGCGACCAACUUGCACAAAACCCAAAAUUCCCUUCAAAAUCAGCUGUCCAAGCUCUCAUCUCUCAACAUUCCAAGCCCAAAUGCUUGCUCCAUGAGACCAACCAACCAAAACCCUUCAUCGACUCACCGUGUAGUUCUGUGGACAUCGAUACGAACAGGAAGAAAGACGAGGCACAUCAACAAAUUGUGCCGUAUGCAGGAAAUCUUGAUAUUUCAUCUGAGAAUGAGAAGCUCAAAGCACAUUUACAAGGUAUGCAAAGGAGGGUGGUUGAGUUGGAGAAAGUUUGUAAGAAAAUGCAAACCCAAAUGACAAAAAUCAUGAAAUCAAGAUUGUCAAGCCAGAGCAGUGCCAGUGCCAGAUCUUUACCCAAGUUGUGUUCAUGAUGUAUUUUGUUUCCAUUUUGUGUUUGGAUUUUUCUUAGUCAUGGCCUACGUUAGGUAUGUAGAUAGCUUGAGAAACGAGCAUUUUGUGAGUGCAGUCUUGGCUGUAUAUGGCAGAAAGGGGAAUAAAGUGGUGGUUGUGUUCUCUCGA